UCUCAGGCUGAUGUAGGCGCCACAUGGCGUGUUCGUAGCAUCACCGGUUGGAUGCUAUUGACUGGGUUGGUCCUCGACAAUGCAUACGGAGGCGGCCUGGCUUCAGUAUUUACUGUGCCUAAAUAUGAAAAGUCCAUAGACACCGUCCAGGAUAUAGUAGACAGAGGGAUGGAAUGGGGAGCUACCCAUGAUGCUUGGGUGUUUUCACUGACUCUGUCGCCUGAGCCAUUAGUAAAGCAGCUAGUAAGUCUAUUCCGAGUGUCGUCGGCCGAAGAUAUGAAAAUAAAAAGUAUGCAGAGGAGUAUGGCUUUUUCGGUGGAACGAUUACCAGCAGGAUAUUUCGCAGUAGGAGAUUACAUAACAAAGGACGCUAUGCUCGGUCUGACGCUGAUGCAGGAGGACUUUUACUACGAGCAAUGUGUGGUGAUGAUGCGCAAGAGUUCGCCUUACACACAGAAAGUCAGCAAGCUUAUUGGACGGUUGCAUGAGUCUGGAUUGAUGUUAGCCUGGGAAACGCAGGUCGCACUAAAAUACCUAAACUAUGAAGUACAACUUGAAGUGCGACUGUCACGAUUUCACAAGGAUGUGGAUAAUGUCGAGCCGCUUAAACUCCGCCAUGUUGUGGGAGUUUUCAUCAUAUACAUUAUUGGAGUGAUAAUUUCUACGAUGUUAUUUAUUUUGGAAAUAAUCCAUAAACACAAAAAACGCGUUUAUAAAUGUUGUUGAUAAAAACAUACGGGUCGAAUUGAGAACCUCCUCCUUUUUUGAAGUCGGUUGAAAAUAAUUCAACUUUUCGUAGUGUUCUUUGCAGUUUUUAGACUAGAAAGUUAGAAAAGUAGUGCAUUAAUAAUGUUUUAUCGCUAAUAAAGAAGUAACACUGGUA